ACGUAAAAGUGACAUUUCUAACAAAAAAAUACUUUAAAUAAUGAUAUUUGAAAAAGCAAUGCUACCAACCUAAACCAAACUUCUAAUUUGAAAUUUGGCGUUUAAAAAAAAUUCGAAACAUUUUUUAGUAAUAUUAGGAUAAAAUAUAAAAUUAAGUACGAUUAAUAAGUUAUAAACCUAGUUUUAUGAUUUGUCUACUAGAUGGUACAAUUUGGUACCUAGCAACACAAUGACGUUUCUCAAUUUUGGCAUUGCACCAAGAAAAAUAUUUUUUUUAAUUAUCGUUAAUGGUUAAAUACGGUUGUAGCAUCCUUCGUUGUUUAUGUGGAUGUUUCAUAAUUCGCCAAAGAAUCGUCGUGUCGACUUUAUGUUUGUUAGGAAUCGUCAUAACCUACGCGCAAAGGGUCGUUUUAAGUAUUUCAAUCACCAAAAUAGUCCCUUUAGAGAAGAGGUUAUUUAUUAAUGAGUGUUUGGCGGAAGAUGAAGAGGCUUCAGAAGAGAUGGGUCCAACAGCAGAUUGGUCGGAAAGUGUCCAACAAUACGUGUUGUUAUCAUUUUUCGCGGGAUAUCUGGUGGGUCAUAUCCCGGCGGGAUUAAUAUCAGAUAAAAUCGGACCAAGAAUCGUUUUCUUUUGGGGCGUUUUCGUUUCUACGUUAAGCACCGUAGUUACACCGGUAACUAUCGUUUACACCCAUGCAGCCGUUGUAAUCGUAAUUAGAACGAUUGCAGGCCUGGCCCAAGCAGUUCUUUAUCCCUGUACGAGCAUUUUAAUCGCCCGUUAUAUCCCCCCGCAAGAGCGAGGUGUAAUGGGGGCUUUUUCAAUGGCUGCGCCGUCAUUAGGAAUGCUUUUUGGGAAUUUAGUGACCGGGCAAUUAACGUAUAUGUAUAAAGAUUGGCAAUGGGCUUUUUAUUGUUUCUCGUUACUCGGGUUUAUUUGGUGCAUUUUUUGUUGCAUUUACAUUUAUAAUGGAGCCGAAUCUAACCCGAGAAUGCUCGAGGAUGAAGUUGAGUAUAUUAAUUCUCGAAUAGCGCCCGGAUUACGAUUAAAAAUUCCUUGGAAAGGGAUGUUAACUGACCCAGCUGUUAUUGGGCUCAUGUUUGGGUCGUUAGGGUCUGAUUUAUGGAUUUAUUUGAUGGUAACUAAUAUUCCUAAGUAUAUGGGGACCAUUUUGCAUAUGAAUAUGAACGAAUUAUCAUUAGCCACUUCAAUCCCAUCCCUCUUUUUGUGGAUAUCAAGUGUUAUUAGCGGUGAAAUUGUUGAUUGGACUAUAACAAAGAAAAAUACCAAUUUAUUAUGGAAUAGGAGAAUUAGUUCGUUUAUUGGUGUUUUUAUCCCGUUAAUUUUUACAGCCGCAAUGGGGUUUGCCGGUUGCGAUAAAGUCCUAACCGUCAUUUUAUACAGUUUAAGCAACUUUUCGAGAGGCCCUUUUUACUGUAGCUUAAAAAUUAACCACUUAGAUUUAACUUCGAACCACGCUGGCAUCAUAAUGGCAAUAAUAAACGGAUUUGGAUGCUUCUCCGGUAUCUUCGCACCACUAAUCGUUAAAUAUCUAGCCUCAGAUAACACCUUGAAAAGCUGGGCGAACGUUUUCUUCACAGUUUGCGCCAUUAACUUGGGUUGCCAUAUUAUUUACAUGGUUUUAGCACGAGUCGAAAGAGCUAAAUGGGAUACAGAGGAUGAAUAAAUAUGUAUUUCUAUUAAAUUAUUUAAUUAUC